GUUCUUGGGUUGACUUGUUAAUAUGUCAUUGGAGAGAUCCAUAGACAAUACUAGGUAGUAGUACGACGGGAGUGUACUCCCCAUGACGAAGAUCCUUCCAGCGAUUCCUUCCCUCGGGGGUCUCCUCACCGGAGUUCGCCGCAGCAGCCGCGCCAUUCCCAAGACCACGCGCGUUCCCGCACUCAGCGCCGCCCUCUUCUUCGCAGCCGCCACUUUCUGGUUCCUCUUCCUUAGCCCCUUCCGACCUUCUCCCACCACCUCAUCAUCCGUCGCCAGUGGCCACUCCUCCGGCAAUGGCGCCGCCGCGUGCGACGCAACCAGGGGUGAGUGGGUCCACGACCCCGUGGGUGCGCGCCCGCACUACACCAACGCGACGUGCGCCUUCAUCCAGGACUACCAGAACUGCAUGAAGCACGGGAAGCCCAGCCUCGAGUUCCUCCAAUGGAGGUGGCACCCCGACGGCGGCGCGGGCUGCGAGCUCCAGCGCUUCGACGCGGAGGCCUUCUUCCGGCUCGUGCGGGGCAGGUCGAUCCUGUUCGUCGGGGACUCGCUGGCCAGCAGCCACGUCACGUCCCUCGUCUGCACCCUCUCGCAGGCGGAGACCCCGACGAGGCGGCACACGGCGGACGGGUUCGAGCACUGGCGCUUCCCGGAGCACGACUUCGCCGUCUCCUUCUUCUGGACGCCGUUCCAGGUCCGGUGGCGCCUCACGCACGGGCCGCCGGCGGCGGUCGGCCCCGACCGGCAAGGGGAGGUGUUUGCCGGGCCGAACGACCUCCACCUCGACGAGCCCGACGACCGGUGGAUGCCUGCGGCCAAGGAGCACGACUACGUGGUCGUGUCCGCGUCGCACUGGUUCGCGCGCCCUGCGGUAUACUACCGCCGCGGCCGCCCCGUCGGCUGCCACGGCUGCGCCGCCGCCGAAACGGACGGCAACAACAACGUCACGGCGCUCCCGCCGGCGUACGCGCAGCGCGCGGCGUUCCGCACCGUGCUCCGGGCGCUCGCGUCGGGGCACCAAGGGUUCAAGGGGACGGCUAUCCUGCGGACGGUGGCGCCGACGCACUACAGUCACGGCGGGUGGUUCGACGGCGGGGAGUGCCCCAGCACGCGGCCGUUCUACCGAAACCAAAUGGCGGAGAUGGCGGAACCAGAGGCCCAGUUCUACGAGGCUCAGGUGGAAGAAUUCAGAGCGGCGGAGGCGACGGCCAACGGCGUCCGUCUCAGGCUGUUGGACGUGGCCGGGAUCAUGCUGCGCCGGCCGGACGGGCACCCGGACCGGUACGGCCACGGCGCCGGCGAGCACGGCGGCUUCGACGUCGACUGCCUGCACUGGUGCUUGCCGGGACCGAUCGACGUGUGGAACCAGCUGCUGCUUCAGAUCAUUGCCAGCUAAACUCCUCUGGGCCAAUUGCUUCAAGGUCUCAUCUUUUAGUAGUACUAGCAAACAAGUUUGUGUAUUCAGUUUUUAGAAACCACUCCGUUCACAUAUUUCCUUAGUUUAUAUUUAUGAAUUGAGGUAAUUGCACCAAAAGCAUAAUAACUUGAACAGUUAUAUUUGCUCCAUAUCGCGAUACUUAUUCCAGGUUGUAUCAUUAUUACUUGAAAACUAACUUUAUUUACUGCUUGAUUAAUAGGUCAAUACGACAGAUUUUAGAAACAAACUAGCCGUAAUUUUGGUGGAUUCACAUUUGAAUGAUGAUAAUAUAAGGAAUCGAGACUUGAAAGAUGAUGAAGAACAAACAUUUGAUCCUACUGAUUGUGUCAUUGUGGAUGGACCUCCUAAAAACAUCAAAACAUCGAAACUAGCGUCAGAAAUUGGAUUCAUCUCGCAAUCAUUGCUUCUGUUACCAUCUGCCAAUCCAACAGACCAGGAAUUAAUAGAUGAACUUUGCCUAUACAUCAGCACAGUUGAUGAUAUCCCUUCACUAGAGUAAGCAACAUUUUUUUUUCAUUUUAUUGUAUUGUUCUAAUAAAUUGCGAUAGCAUACUUGUAAUUGUAGUUGACAUAAUUCUAAUUUUAUAGGACCGAAUGGGUUAAAAGUUCGAGUCCUUAUCCUAUUAGUCUUAAUUUAAGACAAAUAAGUACCAUACUAAAAAUGAAUGAAAAUAUGGAGGUUAGUUGCUUUAAUAUGGCUGUACGGAUACUGGCGUGGCACGACAUCCAGCUUGCUAGGGAUGUCCCAGUCCACUACAUGGAUUUGAACUUCUGUGUAAGUUACUUUAACUACAUAUUAAAUCUAUUUAUAUGUGACUCAUUUGUGGCAUAUACUAAUGUUUAUUAUUAUUAUUUUAGUUGAUGUCUCAAUAUGCACGAGAUCCAAAUCGUAGUGACUAUCCUGACGUUGCUCGGUUGGCUCAGUUGUUUCUUAGCUGGCCUGACAGCAAUGAGUAUCAUAUAUCUGAAUGCAAUAUGAUUUUAUUGCCUUGGGAUAUUGUUGGGUUAUUCCAGUUGUUCAUCUUCGAUCGGCACAAAAAAGUUAUCUCUUUUUUGGACCCGCUUCCAAUACCAUAUUUGGUGAAGACUAUACUUAAAAAUGUGGCCGAUAAUUUUAAUCUUGCCCUCGAAGUUGCAAACCCUGCAUCAAAGGAUGACAUAACUAAAUGGGGUUGCAAGGCUCCCAAAGUUCCAACAAAUCUAGACGAUGCUCUGUCGGGUUAUUUGGUUUUUGAGUUCAUGCAUUCAUGGUACGAUGGAUUGCUACAUUUUCCAGUACCCAUGGUGAGUAUUUACACAUGUUCAUUUGCAUACACUUUGCACAUGUUUUUUUAUAACAAUGUUGUAUAAUGCAUAUAUAGGACGGUUUUCAACUAAGGAAGCGAUUUUUGGUCCACAUCCUGAAGUAUGAAGCAAAUGAAGCUUUAAGCAAUAUCCCAGCCAUUGCACGAAGCCUUAUUGAUCGCAUAAAAAAGUGGACCUUCAAGAAAGAACCGUCAUCAGCGAAUAAAUAGAAGAUACAAUGUUGCUUAGUUAUUUUAUCUGUCACUCAUAUUUCGCCAUGUAUCAAGAAUACAUAGAUGGACCUUCAAGAAGAAACAUAAUACAUAUUGUUGCUUAGUUUUAAUUUUUAAGAAUUUUUACAACUAAUUCUAAAUACAAUUAUGUGAUUGUAAAUUUUAUGUAAGUGUGAAUUGUGUGUUUU